AUGGAGGAGUACACUCGAGAGAUCCGGACCCAGCCUUUGCUGCUCGCCUCGCUGCUGGGUGCCACGGCCCUCCAGCCAAAGCUCAUCGAGGCGCUCCAUGACGCCGCCAUCGCAGCCUGCGGGGCGAAGCGCACAAAGUACUUGUCCUCCACUUACGACAUGCGAAUCCUGCCCGCAAAACGGGGCGGCCGCGACUCGCCGGGCUACCGGGUGGAGGGCAUCAUCAAGCGCCGCUGGCUCGAGAAGCUGUGCAACGGUAUCCCGGCUGUGCUCGUCCUCUGCAUCGACUGGUCCGAAGACCUGCGCCAGCCGGAGCAGGAAGAGUCGCAGGUACUGCACUAUCUACAGCAUGCGCGCCGGCAAGCAAAGGAACGCGACCUUCGGCUGCUGAUCUUCAUCAUUCUCCAUGAGAGCACUGCAGACCCUGAGGCUUCUUGCGGCUUCCUCCGAAAUCAGCCUGAGUUUGCUGGACUCGUGGUGGCGGUUGGGACACCUGAUCUGCCGAUGAAGGCGCCGAAACUCGAGCGCCUCAUUUACCAGAGCGCCAUGUCCUUCUAUGCAGAUGAGGAGAAGCGGCUGCGCAAGCCCUGGGCACCGAAAGCUCCAGUACCGGCAUCGGCACACACCGCCAUGCAGGUGAGGAUGUUCUUCAAGGUUGCCUUUCUCAAUGAGUUCCGCAAGGAUGUGCGUGCUGCCUUGACAGCCUACAUCAAGGCUUAUGAGCUGCUGCUCAACAACACAGAUGUCGCUGACCCGAUCGAGAGAAUGGAUCUUUGCAACCACAUAACAGUCAGGAUGUACGAGAGAUACUUCGCAUCACACGACGUGGGAGCUGCCGUGCACCACUGCCGCAUACACACCUCCUCGCUCAGAACGUGCUGUUCUGAUGACGAUGAGCUGGUGUGGCGCAAAUGGCGCUGGCUGUCCCUGAAUCAUGUGGUUUUUGGCGACUUUCUGGACACAAUGUCGCAGAAAGCACCAAUGCUUAUCGACCAGAAUGACCUCUGGCAGUUCCCAGGAUUCCAUUACCAGGUUGCAGCGAGCUACGCCCGACGCUUGCGCGAGUGGGCCCUGCGAUGCAUGGAGCCCGGGCACCUCGCCCCCUCUUCAGAGCAGGGCGGCGAGCUCCGGCCCUCGCCUUUCCUGGGCCAGGCUGGAGUUCUGGAGCGCCCAUCGGAGGCCGAGGCGCCUGGCCGAGAGGUGGCGCUGCGACUGGCACAUGCUGAGGCGAAGCUCUGCACAGACCACGCCGACCGAAGCUUGAAGCUGCUGAUCCGGGCACAGGCCGCAGCCAAGGAGCGUGGCUACGCCGCCUGGACCACUUCCUCUCAAGCACGUGUGGCUGAGGCUUACCUCUGUGAGCCUGGCACUGGGCACCAAGAAGCUGCUCGGAACUUGUUUGAGCGCCUGAACACGCAGAAUCGGCAGCUGCCCGGGCAGAUGGUCUCCGGGCAGAUGCCCACACCCUCCUGGCCCUCGCUGCGACGGUUUUCCCUGGAGCGCUCGCUGCUGUGCUGUGCCACGGCCUUGGGCAUGAAGGUCCCGGAGCUCUGCUCCUCCUCUCGAGCAGUUCCUGCCAGCUCUCUUCUGGAUGCUGGAGCCGAUCCGUCUCCCGCGCAGGACCUCAGCAUCUUGAGGAGGAGCUUGGUGCAAGACGCCUUCGAGUACCUGAAGCUUCCGGAUUCUGCGGUGUCAUCCGACUUCAGCCAAGCAGAGGAGCUGGUGGCCUUGGUGGCCAGCGCUGCAACCCAAGAGGAGGCUGGGAGUAUCGAGAUCCCGCUGAGCCGGUGUCAGCUAUCCUGGAGCGAGGCUGCUGAAGAUUCAGACAUGUUCCAUGUUGAGUUUGGCAAGCUUGAUCUGCCUGCUAGCUUGGAGCUGGCAAGCUGUUUUGCCAGAACUACCACUGGCGACGUGCCUCUCAGCAUUGAAGCUGGCGAAGGUCAGACUUGGCAGGUCGGGUGCGUCCUGCGGCUGCGCGGCUCCUUGCCCGGCACGGGCGCGGCAGUGACCACGGUCUGCUUGACCUGGGCGAAGUCUCCUUCAGUGGUAUUUCUAGGUGCGUGUGAGCUGAAGCCGUGCCCUUCUGCCAGAGACUGCAUCAGCGAUGCUGGUAUCCACUCUGGAUUUCCUACAUUCCACCUUGCCGACGGCACGUCGAGCGCAACACAGGUAUCCCAAGAAGGGCUGCGGAAGCCCAGCGACCUUCGGCUGAAGCUGCAGGCAGAAGCCGUCCUCCCGGUGGAGCCAGUAGCUGGCUUGGUGUCGGAGUGCUUCCUCUUCUACGUCGUAGUCUACGCGUGGCCGGAGCGGCCACCCAUGGGGUCCUGCCAAGUAAGUCUUGCCUGCCACGUGCGCUUCAGCGACGAUCUGGAUGAGAACGCGCCGCACCUUGCUGAGAAGCCGGGUGUUAGGGUGGACCUCCUGAAAGUUUCUGACAAGCAAGUCUGGGACUUGGAGUCCCUCGGCACUUCGGGCUCGAAGAUUCAUGUUGCGGACUUUACGUCGGAGCUCAAGGCACGUGCAGGCCUUCUGAGCCUGGAGCCUGGCGACCUCAAGGGCGCGCCUCUCCGGCUCAGACACGAGGCCUCCAAAGGCGUGUCCUGCCUCGCUUUGCCGCUGGCUGUUCGCUGUGGGCAUGCCUGCAGCGUCUCACUCGGACUUGAGAUCCAGCAGGUCGGCGGAGACGCGGAGGCGCAGUGUUGGACUCCACAGAUCAGAUUCAAGCACGCCCUGAAGCUGCACACUGCGGAAGAGCGGCUCUCUGCGGCGAUGCUGGCUCAGAAGCCGGUGUCCUUCUCGCUGCGAUGCCACCUCGCCACGGCUGUCGAUAUUGUCAAGGCCGAGGUGUUCUUCACCCCGGAGGGCAGCGACACCGAACGUGCUGUUUCAUGUCUUGGCAAGAUGGGUCAGAUGCAGCCCGGGUCUUCCUACGCAUUUCUUUGGCCUUUCGAGCCAGGCUUGGUGCUGAAGUCACGCCCUCGUCUGCGCGUCUUCUUCCAUCGAUACCAAGCAGUGCAAGCUUUCUUCCCCUGGAAGGAAGCGAGCAGCAACUGGCCACCCAACCCGCUGCCCGCAGCAGUAGUUGAGUGGCUGUUGCCUGCGCCGACAUCUGCUGCUGCCAGUAGCCAGAGCAUGCAAGUGGAACUGCAGGUCAGUAGCACGGGGACAGUUGGAACACCGCUGGUCGUGCAGGUCUGCCUGAGGUAUGCCAGAACUGUGGAUCAUGACGAAAUCAAGGUACGCGUCUUGCAGGGUGAAGGGGAAGUUCCGGACAGGUACCUGCUUUCUGGUCCGACCUGCUACCAAGCUGCUUGCCUUGCAACAGCCGAUCCCAACGACGUCAUUCCCAGCUUUUCUCUCAUUCCGUUGAAGCCGACGCUCCUUCUGGCUUCAGACAGUGACCGCUUGUUGAUCUCGGACCAGGAGGCAGAUCGAUUGAGGGGAGUUCUUCGAGCUCGAUGCGGCGACAAGCGCCUCCAAGUGGUGGAGCUGGAAGAUGCUGGCCAUGCGCCGCUCGACAGCCGUGUGAAUGUGGCCAAGCUUCUCAAGGAAUCUCCCAUCUACAAGCCGCGAGCUAAGAGCAAGAUGGAGAGGAUCGCUCAUGCAAAGCAGACAUCAACGAUCUUGCGCAGAAUGCUUCGGGAGAAGAUGGGUCGGCCGAUGUUCCACAGCAAUUCUAAGAUGACUUCGAGCACACUUGCCAAGGAAGGUCACAGCAUUGUAAUUGGCGAAUUCUCACGGUCGCCAGUUUUCUGCAGCUGGGACGAGGAGACCGGGAAGCGGAGGCCAGAGACCUUCCACGGUUCGGACUGGGUGGAGUGCCAGACCCCAAAGCUUUGGGUCGUCCAGUUCUGUUGGUGGCGUUUGUCUCUUCACUGGGGUGUCAGGGUGUCCGGCCGGAUGGCUACAAGGGACGACGUUGCGACGUAG